GACGGCGAAAUAUAUCAGGAAAAAAAUGAAAAUAAAAGUAAAAUUUGGGAGUAUAAAUUAAGCCACGUAGAGAGACGUAAAGACGCAAAUUUGAAAACGCAGAAGACACUCAGACGAAGGCAGCAACGGUUGCAGAAAUAAGAAGAAAAAGAAGUAGAAGAAGGAGAAGAUCAAUACCUCUGGUGUUUUCUGAUAGUAAAAAUGGCAGGGCAAUCGAGGAAAUGGAUGAUUCUAGUGGCGACGAUAUGGAUUCAAGCAUUUACUGGGACUAAUUUCGAUUUCUCGGCAUACUCGACGGAAUUGAAAUCGAUGCUGGGGAUUUCUCAGGUACAAUUAAACUACUUGGCGGUUGCUUCUGAUCUAGGGAAGGUGUUUGGAUGGUCUUCAGGAUUGGCUUUGAUGCAUUUUCCGCUAUGGAUGGUUCUUUUCAUGGCUGCUUUUAUGGGAUUCUUUGGUUAUGGCUUUCAGUGGCUUGUCAUUCGAAACGUCAUCGCCUUGCCUUACAUCCUGGUGUUUCUCCUUUGUUUAUUGGCUGGAUGUAGCAUCUGUUGGUUCAACACUGUGUGCUUUGUCCUCUGCAUCCAAAAUUUUCCAGCUAACAGAUCCCUAGCUUUAUCCCUCACUGUAGCCUUCAACGGUGUUAGUGCAGCAUUAUACACUCUCGCUGCCAAUGCAAUUGAUUCAUCAUCAGAUGAUAUAUAUCUUCUUUUAAAUGCCCUUAUUCCCCUUAUCACUUCCGUAGUAGCAUUGCUUCCAAUUCUUCGCCAGCCAUCUUUAGAUCCCCUCUUGCCUGAUGGAGUUCGCCGUGAUUCCCUUAUAUUUCUUGUAUUGAAUUUCUUAGCCAUCCUCACAGGAAUCUAUCUCCUUCUCUUCAAGUCAGCUUCAUCUAAUUCAACAAGAGCUUCUCUACUCUUUGGUGGAGCAAUUUUUCUUCUAAUUUUCCCAUUGUGUAUCCCUGGUGUUGUCUAUGCCAAAGGCUGGUUUCGCCGUACCAUUCAUUCUAGUUUCCGCCUUGAAGGCUCUAGCUUCAGUCUUGUAGAUAUUGAUGAUCUUGAGCUUCAUAAGGAGCUCCUCACUCGUGAGACGAGUAAUCCCGAGAAUGGGGAUAUAAUCCCCAAUGAAGUUACUGGACAGAAGAGCUUGAGCGAAAAAGAGGGAUGCUGUGAGACAAUAGUUGGGAAGGGCAGGCUGUUAAUGCUUGGGGAAGAACAUCCAGCAUCAUUGCUCGUGCGAAGAUUAGAUUUUUGGCUAUACUACAUUGCAUAUUUUUGUGGAGGUACAAUUGGCCUUGUGUACAGCAACAAUCUAGGCCAAAUAGCACAAUCUCUGGGACAAGGGAUGAACACUGCAACUCUUCUCACUAUGUAUUCAGCCUUCUCAUUCUUCGGCCGAUUACUUUCAGCUGCACCAGACUACCUAAGGGUGAAGAUGUACUUUGCAAGAACUGCAUGGCUAACCAUUUCUCUUGUCCCAACUCCAAUUGCCUUUUUCUUUCUUGCUACAUCAGGCAGUGAAUUGGCAUUGAAGAUAGGCACUGCAUUAGUUGGAUUGAGUUCUGGGUUCAUAUUUGCUGCAGCUGUUUCGAUAACAUCCGAGCUAUUCGGACCAAACAGCGUAGGUGUGAACCACAACAUUCUUAUUACCAACAUUCCAAUAGGGUCACUUGUCUAUGGAUUUCUUGCUGCUUUAGUAUAUGAUUCUAAUGCAAGAGGUAAAGGCCUAGACCUCAUUACUGAUUCAGUGAUUUGCGUGGGGAGGAAGUGCUAUUCCUUAACAUUUGUUUGGUGGGGGUGCCUUUCAGUUUUUGGGUUAGGUUCUAGUUUUCUGUUAUUCUUAAGGACAAGGCAUGUCUAUGAUCAGUAUGAAAGGAACAGAGUUUCUACAAGACUGUAUUAAAGCAUUGGAAUUUUUAUUGAGAGAUCGUAGAUUUGAAUUUGA